AUGAAGGAUGAGCGUGGCAGAUUCAGCGGCGCCGUGGGCCAGACGCCUCCAGCCAAUGGGCUGUCACUUUGCUGUCAAGAACGUAGCUCCAUUCCGGGCAUUCCGACUAACCGAGAGCCAGGCCUCGCGACCGUGUCUGCCAGACUUGACCUCACCACCGCCCUGCGUCCGUCGCUUCUGCCGGAGGAGACACUGCUGUUCGUCCAAGACGCGGUCGGGCUCUACGAGGGCAAGCUCAAGAUCCCCCAGUACCAGAAUGGCCAGGCCUACUUGACCUCGCACCGCGCCUGCUACGUCGACCACGCCGAGCCGCGCAAGAACUCGGUCGCCAUCUUCCUGGAGCAUGUCGAGAAGCCCGAUUUCUAUGCCGGCUUCCUCAAGUCGUCGCCCAAGAUCACCCUCUACCCCAAGCCCGUGAAGCACCUGUCGCGGGGUCUCUCGUCGUCUGCAGCCGUCCGCAGCCCCUCGUCGACUCCGGAGCGACACAGCAGCCCCGCGCCAGUCCCGCCGCCCGCCAUCAGCGCGACGUGGGUGUGUCCCAUAUGCUCCUUCUCGAACCCCGUCCCCUCCAACUUCGACCCCGCACUCGCCUCGCGCACGCCCGUACCGCCAUGUCUGGCCUGUGGGAUCAAGCCGCCAACGGUGCUGGUCGUCAAGGCAGCCAUCGCCGCCAUGUCGAAUCGCCAGGCCCCUGCACCGCCGCCCAAGUCGUCACAGGGUGCACCCACGCCCUCGUCGACUGCAACCAGCUCUGUGCUGCUGUGUCCGAGGUGCACGUUCCAGAACCAUCCGUCUCUGUCAUCGUGUGAGAUGUGCGGGGCCUCGUUGACAGCUGCCGUGGACAAGCGCCUUGAUCUGGGCAGAGACAUGGGCCGCGCCGAGUCCCCGGGACCCUCACUCACCACACCACUGCAGUCAGAGACGCCCGAGUCAAUCAAAAUCUCCUUCCGCGGCGGUGGGGAGAAGAUAUUCUACGAGCGCCUGAAGAACGCACUUGUGCAGCGGAAAUGGCUCCUGCAGAGCGCACCGCCGAUCCCCAAACCGCGCCCACGCUCUGGAGCGUUCGAGGACGGCUACUCCACCAGUCCCAACGAUGCGUCCGAGGAGACUGAGCGUCCCAGGGUCGUUGGCAUAGCAGGCCUGGAGCGGCGCGGGUUGGAGCAGAGACAGAACAACGAAGCCAUGAUCGGCAGCGCGUUUGAGGACCUCGAAGCGCUCAUGACCUCAGCGAAGGAGAUCAUCGCCCUGGCAGAGCAGUUCGCAUCACAAGCAAAUCUAGGCACCAAUGGUAGUUCAGAAGCCAGCGCACUCGCAUCUCAAUCUGCGUCCGCACUCAGCCUCGUAACCACAAAAGACAUGCUGGGCUCAGGCUCAGGGUCAGAGUCUCUCUACGUCUCCGAGCUCUCACGAAAUCUUGCCGAGUGGCUCACCGAUGAUACCCGAGGCGUUUUGCGCCAGGAAGGAGGAAUCAUGACACUUGUGGAUCUCUGGGCAGUCUUCAACCGCGCAAGAGGCGGCGUCGAACUCGUCAGUCCCGCCGACUUUGAGAAGGCAGCACGGAUGUGGGACACGCUCAAAUUACCUGUUCGUCUUCGCCAGUUCAAGAGCGGACUGCUUGUCGUGCAGGGUCGCGAUCGCACUGACGACAAGACCAUCGCCAGUCUUUUGGCUUGGCUGAAGGGCUUGCAUCUCGAACCUCCAGCCACAGAAGUGUUGUGGGAUUGGCACAUAUAUGGCAGGGGUGUCACGGCACAGGAAACUGCGGAGAGAUUUGGAUGGAGUGUUGGUGUUGCGACGGAGGAGUUGGAAAUGGCCGAGGAGGCUGGCGCGCUGUGUCGCGAGCAAGGGCUUGACGGGUUCAGAUUCUGGGAGAAUUGGCUUGUCAACUUGCCUCCGGUUGUUGCUGCCGCUUAA